UAUAAACUGCAACUGCUCCCAGGAACGACACCAUGGGUCUAGCAUCUAAUCACCUCUCCCGUCACUAUUCGGCUUCUUAAAUGUGCAUAGAGGCAUAUGAAAAGUCGAUGACAUGGCGACGGUUUCUAAACAUGACACUAUAUACCUGGAGGCCAUUCGCCGGAGGAUACCCCGUCUCCCUGAUGAAGAAAGACAGUUGUACUUGGAUGGGCCAAGCCGUCAUUUUUACGAUACUGAAGACCUUAAGUCACUUACACCUAAAGGAUUUCCGUCCAUGGCGGUUGGACAAACAUACGCUCCUAACACCGCGACCUUUCGAACCUUCGAAAAUCUUGACUGGAAACUACUACAUUUCUACGAAACGAAGAUCACUUUUCUAGAAAACAGGCUCUAUGACCUUGACGUUGCAGAGGAUAGAAUGAUGGGGGGGUCCCAGAGAGGUCGGUUGCCGUUCAACAAGGAGACUUUUAUGGAUUGCAACUUCACAGGCUCUGAUCCUCCCUCCAUACCUGAAGCACUCGGAACGAACGGAUAUGUGUCUCAAGAUGAGUUCACUGAUACGCGAGAAAGAAUCUUUACAAACAUCGAGUUUCUCCGAAAAAAGCAUCGAGAGCUAAUAUGCUGGAUCGAAAAAUGUAAAAGAUUCCCCCGAGUCGGUAAGGAAGCUUAUCAACAGCUAUUCACAAUGGCUCGAGAAUACCACGGGCUUGACAACGAAGCCCUCGUUCAUUUGCGGGCCAUCGAUGAGAUGGCAUAUGUUGGGAUUGAUCCCAUUGAACUGUGGAUCCGAAAUGUACAGCUUGCGGCGAACCCCUUGAUCGAGAAGAUAAUUCCUUGGCUUCCUACAAAGAAGGUUCUGCCCGAACACGACAGUUCCCAAGAAUACGAUGGAAUAGGGACACAUGGCUUUAAAGUUCUUCGCAAGGCUCUCGUGGUCUUGUUCGGCCUAUCGUCGGUGCUUGUGCCUGCUGGUCUCCUGUAUCUAGGGGAACUCAGUAAGGCACUUGCUUUUGGGGUUGUGGCGGGAUUUGGCGCCCUUUUUGCGCUUGGUACGAUCCUUGUCGAGCAGCGCAUCGGCCAUAUGGUUGUCAUCAUCGUUGCAUAUCUGGCUGUGCUGGCCACGUUCUUGUCAAACAUGCCUCAAAAUUAAAUGGACUACCUAGAUGUUAUAUCCGUGGUUUGCGGAAGGGAUGGCGGAUGGACUUUUGUCAUUGAUUGGCUUUCGUUUCCUUCUACU